CGGCCGGGCACAGUGACGCGGGGUCCACAGGAAGUGCGGGCGGCAGCUGAGAGACGCGGCGGGCACAGCUCCCAUCGCCAGCCUGAGCUAUGAAGUUUUACACUCCAUAUUUCAUGCUCCUGUGGAGUGCUGUUGGGAUAGCAAGGGCUGCCAAAAUCAUCAUCGUGCCUCCAAUUAUGUUUGAAAGCCAUAUGUACAUUUUCAAGACGUUAGCCUCAGCCUUGCACGAGAGAGGCCACCACACAGUGUUCCUCCUUUCAGAAGGCAGAGACAUCGCCCCAUCUAAUCAUUAUGACCUCCAGCGCUACCCAGGGAUCUUCAAUAGUACCACCUCAGAUGCUUUCCUGCAGUCCAAAAUGCGAAAUAUUUUCUCGGGGAGAUUGACAGCAAUUGAACUCUUUGACAUACUGGAUCACUAUACUAAGAACUGUGAUAUGAUAGUUGGCAACCGAGCCCUAAUCCAGGGUCUGAGAAGAGAAAAGUUUGACCUUCUGCUGGUGGACCCAAAUGACAUGUGUGGAUUUGUGAUAGCUCAUCUCUUGGGAGUUAAAUAUGCUGUAUUUUCAACUGGCCUUUGGUAUCCUGCUGAAGUGGGAGCUCCAGCUCCAUUAGCUUAUGUUCCAGAGUUUAACUCCCUUCUCACAGACCAUAUGGAUUUGCUGCAAAGAAUGAAAAACACUGGCGUUUACCUCAUUUCCAGAAUAGGGGUUAGCUUUAUGGUCCUUCCAAAAUAUGAAAGGAUUAUGCAGAAGUACAACCUGCUGCCUGAGAAGUCGAUGUACGAUUUGGUGCAUGGCUCCAGCCUGUGGAUGCUGUGCACAGACGUAGCACUGGAGUUUCCAAGACCCACUCUGCCUAAUGUUGUUUAUGUAGGAGGAAUCUUAACCAAGCCGGCCAGCCCACUACCAGAAGAUCUGCAGAGGUGGGUAAAUGGUGCUCAUGAACAUGGCUUCAUUCUGGUGUCCUUUGGAGCUGGUGUUAAGUAUCUGUCUGAAGACAUUGCCAACAAACUGGCAGGAGCUCUGGGGAGAUUGCCUCAAAAAGUGAUUUGGAGAUUUUCUGGAACCAAACCAAAGAAUCUAGGAAACAACACCAAGCUCAUAGAAUGGUUGCCGCAAAAUGACCUGCUUGGACAUCCAUAUAUCAAAGCCUUUCUGAGCCAUGGUGGUUUGAACAGCAUUUUUGAAACAAUGUAUCAUGGUGUACCUGUGGUUGGAAUCCCACUCUUUGGAGACCAUUAUGAUACUAUGACCAGGGUACAGGCAAAAGGCAUGGGGAUAUUGCUAGAAUGGAAGACAGUUACUGAAGGAGAGCUAUAUGAUGCACUGAUGAAAGUUAUUAAUAAUCCAAGCUACAGACAGAGGGCUCAGAAGCUGUCAGAAAUUCACAAGGAUCAACCUGGCCACCCUGUCAACCGGACUAUAUAUUGGAUAGAUUACAUUCUACGCCACAACGGGGCUCAUCAUCUCCGUGCUGCUGUGCAUCAGAUCUCUUUCUGUCAGUAUUUUCUACUGGAUAUCGCCUUUGUGCUUUUACUUGGUGCUGCUUUGUUCUAUUUCCUUCUUUCCUGUGUGAUAAAAUAUCUCUACAGAAAAAUUCAAAGUCUCUGCUCUAGAAAUAAGCAUAGCACAGUUAAUGGACAUUACCACAAUGGAAUCCUCAAUGGCAAAUACAAAAAAAAUGGUCAUAUUAAGCAUGAAAAGAAGGUGAAAUGAGUCAACAGCCCAGAUGAUGGAAAUGAAUCUGUUCAGUCCUUGAAUUUGUAUUGCUAUACAUUAGGCUAACAGCUACUAAAAGUGAAAUGUCAUUAAACAAUUCUAAUACUCCCUUAUCAAAUUUACUAAUGAAAUUAUGUGAAAUUAAGACAGCUGUAAAGAGCACAAACCUAAAAUGCAAAAAUGUACUUUGUUCAAAUACUGAUGCAGAGCAUUGGCACUGAACUGUCUAGAAGCCUAAAUUGUUUAAAUCAGUUAGUUUUAAAUGUUAAUAUGUGUGUGUUCCAGAUAAGGAAUGGUGUCUUUUCUCAUAAGAUGUGGGUGUAUGUGUCUCUUACCUUGGAGAAUCUUAGCUGUCUGCCAGUUCUAUUUGUUGAGAGUAUAAUAUGUUUAGUAAUGAUAAAGAAAGACAGGAUCCGAAUGUGUCUCUUCCUACAGGGCUGAACUCAGAUCACUACCAUUGCAGACUAAUUCCUCAAAAUGGAAUACAGAAGAGGGAAAAGAAAAAUGGCACAAAUUUUGUACUUUUGUUUAUAUUACUUGUUUGCUCUUUUUUUUCAUACUCUAGACACUUCUGGAGGAUAAUUUAAUGACAUGAAUGUAUGAACUGGUUGUCACAAUUUGCUUGUGUUUUUCUCCUACCAAUAAUUUUCUUCUGGAAGAAUGUUGUAUGUUUUUCCUGUUUUAAUAGGUAACAUGUUAAAUGCAGAAUUAAGACAAACAGCAGAGCUCUGACUUUUGUUCUAUUUAAUGAAGAUUUUUGCUUAUAUGGCUGCUAAGAAGGACAUUGCUUAGAUAAGUUUAUGUGACUGUUGGAUUUUCUAUAAUUUAAGUUUAAAAUGCUCCAAGUUUUUAACUUUAAAAUUUCAUUUUCCUAAUUCCUUUUGUUGUCUGGGUCACUCAAUCUAGGUUAUAGGUGCCAACAUUUAAUUCUUUUAAACAGAACAGUUCUGGCUGUCCUUAUGGUACUUGCUUUAACUGGAGGGGUUUGAAGUUUUGUCAAAAAGACUUUACAUGAUACACAGAAGUGAAAGAAAUAGGCCCACCUGUUGGUACAAAUCAAUUUUCUUUUCUCUCCUUACUACUACUUCAGUCUCAUCUCAGUAGCCUUUUCUGAUCAUUGUGUCUGACAUGGAACAGUGACAGUAUUUACUUAGAAGGGUGAUGCAAGUCACAGCCAUCAUGAAAUCUGAACCUCCCUGCUGAGCCAUCCACAAGGUGGCCACUAUAAGUUUAUUCCAUGUCAUUCUGUUUACUUAGCACUUGCACUACAUAAAUUGAGUGUAUGCUUUAUUUAUUUGUGGUUAGAAAGCCCACACAUGACACUUGAGAGUAGAAAUGUACAUUAAUGUCAUUUACUAAGAUCAAAUAGUUGUGAAAAUUAUAAAACGCUGUAAAUCCUUGUCAUACACUAUGACAUACAACUUCAUUACACUCCCACCAGGAGCCACUCUCUGUACUUAGAAAUAAUAUCACAAGUAGUUUUCUGAUGCACAUUGCAGUCAAAUGUGCAUCUCUUUUAAUACUUGAAGAAAUGGUAUUAUACAUAUAAGCCUAUUAGUGAUACCUUUUCACAAUCUUAUCACAUUGUUGCCGUUAAGAGGGGAAAAAAUCACAGGCAAUGAGUGGUGGGAUAGUAACAGGACUUGAGUGUAUGAACAAGUUGAUUUUACUUUUUUCAAAUUUGAUGAAGUUGACAGUAGGCGCUGACUGGAUGAUUAAGCCUCAGUUAAUUUCACUGUGAUUAAAAAACAAUAAACACUAUUUAAAAUAGAGAAAUUUUGUUGGAAUAAAAUUUUUAUUCAGAUACUAUUUCACAGUAUUAUUAUAUGGAGAUGUAUCUAUUAUAAACAUGUUCCUAAAGUCUCCCAACUUUUGUAUGUGUAUAUGAGUGUGAAAAUAAUGUAUUAAAUGUGAGAAUAAUUAAUAAAAAUCUAAGUACAGGGA